AUGGCUCUUGUGCACUCCCACGCUUUCGUUUCCUUCCCCUCCCAAAAACCGGCGCGCAUCACUGAGGUGGAGACAGUGCGGUUCAGCGGGGACUUCCAGAGUUUGAUCGGGGACAACGUGGAGCAGUUCCUGGCGGAGUGCUCCGCCAAGCUGAAGCCGGUGAGUUGCGCCGACGCGAAGCCGGGCUCGGUGGUGGUGACCCUCGUGGCCGAGAGCGGCUUGGCUUCGGACAGCUGGGAGGAGCUGGAGGAGGCCAACAAGGUCAUCGCGAGCGACUUCGAGCUGCCCAGCUUUGGGAAGUUCGAGAAGGAGCCGAAGUGGAAGGACGAGAAGGCCAAGGAUACCAUGAAGGAUGCGGCAGAGAUGACACCAGAGGAGAAGAAGAAGAACUUGCUCAAUCCGGAUAUCACUGCGGAAGAUCAGAAGAUUGUGCAGAGCAUUUUUGAUGCCGUGCAUGAUGAUGAAGCGAAGAAGGCGGAGCAAGGGGAGGAAAGCGCGAAAGCGGCCCUGCGGGCGCCGCCCACAGCGGAGGAGCAGUCCACCUCCAACGCCAUUGUGGGCAUUUGCCUGACAGUACUGGGCUUCGGCUGCAUAGGGCUCUGCAUCUACUCCUGGGUCAAGGCUGCCAAGAAGGUGAAAGCCAAGCUGACGACGGCGGCGCAGAAGCGGCUGAUGAAGCGCGCGCAGAAGGGGGACACUCUGCUGGUGGUCACCGGGGUGGAAGGACUCCAGGUGGGCGAGGAGGUGAUGAUCGGCAAGGAGAAGGUGGCGGUGCAGGGCCUGAGCUUGUCGGUGGUCUUGUCCGCGGCCUUGGCCGCGGACUGCCCCACGGGCGCCAAGGUGUUGCGCGGGGAGCAAGAGGUCGGCAGCCUGAGUGAGGCCGCGGUCGCGGGGGCCAAGGAGCUGCGGCUGUCAGGCACGCCUGCGCUGAAGAAGGGGGACAAGCUGAAAUUGGGAGAGGCUGAGAUCCAGGUGAAGUCCACUAAGAAGCAGCUGCUGGUGUCCCCCGCGCUGUCUUCUGCACACAUUGUGGGCACCAAGCUCCGCAAGCCAGGUGAGCCGGACGUCGCUGCGGACGAGGCCGAGGGCGAGGACAACGAGGCCGGUGAGGCCACCGAGGCCGAGGUCACCGAGGCCGAGGCUUCCGAGGCCGAGGCCGCCGAGGCCAAGGCCAAGGCCACGGAGGCUGAGGAGCCAAAGGCGGCGCCGCCCGCACCGGCGCCCGAGGCGCCGCCCGCGGCGCCGGAGGCCAUGCCUCUUCGAACGGCGCGGCCACUGCGGGCCAUUGCCGGCGCUGUCGCCCUGCUGUGCGGUUGGCAACUUGGUCAGGCAUGGCUAGCCCAGGCGCCGCGGCGAGAGCUGCUGGCAGCAGGACUGGCAGGCCUCGCCACUGUGGCUCAGGCCGACUCCGCGCUCGCCAGCGGCGGGUCCACAGCUGGCAAGUACUCGACCAUUCCUUCUGGGAAGCGGAGGUUCUACGGGCGGGUUCGCCAAGGUCUCUUCCAGUAUCUCAAGAUGGAGCCAGCCAUCAAAGCAGGUAAUCUGAAGGCUCCGGAAGUCGAGGAAUUCUUCAGCAUGAACAUCAUAAAGGUGAAGGGCGGGGAGAAGAUCAAGAAUUGCGGUUUUGGAGGUAAAUGCAUCACGAAGGAGAAAAGGACCUCCCGGUGGCUGGAUUGGAAGACGGCAACGGAUCUGCUGGCUGGAGCCUUCAGAUACGAUGCCAGCGAGAUCCCCGACUACUUGCCAGGGGUCAAGGUGAUCCGCUCCUUUGCUAAGAAGGUGACCCGAAUGGAGGAAGCCAUUCAGGAAGGGAACGUGCAAGAGGCCUGGCAGGGGAUGCAAGCUUUGUGA